AAUGAGUGCUCAGCAGAACCAGCUCAGAGACGUCUCCAAUCAUGAAUUCCAUAACACAUUCAUGAGGUCAUACCUCAGCGACCCUGAAGCGAUGCAGUGGUUGGAAUCCUACAUGCCAGAGGACCUGACCAUAGCUGAGUUGGAGGGCAGCUCUAACAGUCUGUGGACCAUCAGUCCUCCCAGUAGAACGAACAUCAUGAAGAUGCUCAGCUCCAAGGAGCAGUUCCCCAUCACUGUAGCUUGGUCUAUCCAACGGAACCCGACUCUGGGAGCGAAGGCUGAGUUUUCUACGGGGAAGAAGGUGAUGUUUCUGGAUGAUAAGACCAAGCUGGAGCUAUUCCUACUGCUCAAUGGGACCAGAAAAGAUGGAGUGGUGAUAAAACAUGGCUUCCAACGGUAUCUCCGAGCCCCUACUGACUCUGAGGCCAAACCCAUAGAACAGCUGUCUACAGAGGAAGUAUCCAUCACUUUGGCAUUGGAGCGUUUACAUAACGACUCAGAGGGGGUCCAGGAGUGGUGGAUCGUGAACCAGACUAGUCCGGGAAAGAUCAACGUUCGUAGCCCCAAGAAUCUGUACAACGCUGGGCUGGAGCUCUAUGUCUUCAGCGAUCAGGUCAGCCCUCCUAGUCUGGGCUUUCUGGCUGGAUACGGGAUCAUGGGUCUGUACGCCUCCGUGGUGCUCGUCAUCGGUAAGUUCGUCCGUGAGUUCUUCAGUGGUAUCUCUCACACCAUCAUGUUCGAGGAGCUGCCCAACGUGGACCGCAUCCUGAAGCUCUGCACCGACAUCUUCCUGGUCCGAGAGACAGGAGAGCUGGACCUGGAGGAAGACAUGUACGCUAAACUCAUCUUCCUCUAUCGCUCGCCUGAGACUAUGAUCAAAUGGACCAGGGAAAAGACUCAGUGAGCUUGGCUGUAAAAGGCUAGAAGUUUCAAUCCCCUUUCAAUGUGGAUAGAAAUUUAAAAGUAUUAACCUCCCACUGGUCUCUGGGAUGUUGAAGUUAUGGAUGGACUCGAUCAGUCCAGACAGACCGUUUUUGCUGACACUUUAGUCAGUUCUUAACUGUUAGUCAUUUUUAUGGAAGUAGACCUCCGCGAGGAGGAAGGAAGGGCCAAAGCUUGCCGGCCCCUGUUGCAACAAAAAAAAGAAACACUGGGUUCUUCGAUUUCAUUUCAGCAAGCCAUGACACCGAUCAUCUCAGAUUUUUCUGAAAUAGUCUGUAGUUUGAUAAAGAUGAUAUAAACAUUCCUGCAACAUUAUUUUGUUGAAAGACAAUUUGAAAUCUGAGAAAUUAAGCUAUUUGAUUGCACACAAAUCAUCAAUUUCAAUUUAAAUACCAAACAUCCAAUUUGGACCAAACCACUUAUUUGGAUUUGUUUGGGGGGGGGGGGGUUACAGGCACAACAUGCAUGUCAAUUUACACAUCUAGUUUAUACCACAUGUACCCUCAGCCAAACAUCACCCCCAACUCCCCAUCCCAUUCCCCCCAGCA